CAGAACAUGCAGAACCCCUCCAUAGUCCUCUACGCGCCCCGCACCGCGUCCCUCGAAGACCGGCCGCUGCCUGCGGCUCCAGGUCCGCACGAUGUGGUUGUUCGGAUAGCGUUUGUUGGGGUGUGUGGGAGUGAUGUCCACUUCUGGCGCCACGGCGGCAUCUCGCACCCGCUCCCCCCCAGCGGCCUGGUAAUGGGCCACGAAGCGUCGGGCACGGUGUCCAGCGUCGGUGCCGCAGUGACGCGCGUCAGCGUUGGUGACGCGGUGGCGGUCGAGCCCGGGGUGCCGUGUCGCCGCUGCAAGAUGUGUGUACGGGGGGAGUAUCAGUUGUGUGGGGGGAUGCGGUUUGCUGCUGCGCCUGGGGCGCCGGGGAAGACGAGGAAGAUAGAAGGGCGGACGCCGGAUACGCACGGCGCGCUGGCGAAGUACUUCGUCGUGCCCGAGGAAUUGGUGUACCGGCUGGACGGCGUGGGGCUGCAGGAGGGUGUGCUCGUCGAGCCGGCGGCGGUCGCGGUGCAUGCUGUGCGGCUGGGGCGCGUGGAGGCCGGGGAGACGGUUGUUAUCAUGGGCUCCGGCACCGUGGGCCUGCUCUGCGCCGCCGUGGCGCGGCAGUUCGGCGCGCACCGCGUGCUGCUCGUGGAUAUCCUGGAGCGGAAACUAGAAUUCGCGCGGGGCUGGCUGGGAGUCGAGACGUUCUGCGCCGACACCACCACGGCGCCCGAAGAAGACGCGGAGCGGAUGCUGGCGCAGUUCGGGCUGAGCGAGGGCGACAUCGACACGGUGAUCGAGGCAUCGGGGGCGGCGUCGAGUGUGAACAUGGGCGUGCGCUUGGUCCGGCCGGGGGGCAAGUAUGUGCAGGUCGGGGUUGGGCAGGCGAAGAUCGAGUUCCCGAUUGUGGCGGUCAGCAACAAGGAGUUGUUGUUCCGCGGGUGUUUUCGCUACGGGCCGGGCGAUUUCGAGUUGGCGCUGAAGUUCAUCGCGAAGGGGCUGAUUCAGGUCAAGCCGUUGAUUAGCUCGGUGACGCCGUUUGAGGAUGCGACGGAGGCGUGGGAGAAGACGGCGAGAGGGGAGGGGAUCAAGAACUUGAUUGAGGGCGUCAAGGACUGAGUGGAGGUCUGUCGCCGUAAUGAAUCGUCUUCCUGGUAUAACAUCCCUUCACCCAUUUCUUGUAGCCAUCUCACGUCCCUGUGCGCCGAUGGUCUUCAGUCUAUGCACCCUCAUCCGCCUCCUCCCUGUCGCUCUCCUCUUCACUCUCCUCCCCCUCCUCUUCGUCAUCCUCAACAGCCCACGUCCCCGGCCGAUACGCCCCCGACCCGCGAUCAUAUGCGCUCUGGUCACGUGCGAACUCCGCGCUCGUGUACCAUCGGUGAGCGCGCUUGUAGGAGGGGUAGGCGGGCGGGGAGUCGGAGGGAUCGGCGAGGGAGGAGGCAGUGUUGAUGAAGGUGACGCGCUCGUCAUGGCGAGCGGUCUUGGAGGGAGGCGGUGGGGAGGGAGAGGUUCG